AUGAUUGACAGCUCACUGGUGCUCAAGGCCAGCCCCCGCGGAGCAGUCAACUUGGAGGCGAUGAUCGCGGUGAAGAAGAGGUCCGAUCUCAACCACGUUGAGACGAACGACAAGAGCGCGCCCUUCAUCGAAAAGGAUGUCACGGUUGGCACCUUCAAAGGCAAGGAAUUGAUGGCGGAAGUCGCAAAGGGAAAAUCUCUGAACCACGUUGAGACGGACGACAAGUCCGCACCGGCUGUCGAGAGCGACGUGAAAAUUAAGCCCAAUCCAAGAGUCGCGCUGCUGAACGACGUGUGCAAAAAGGUGGGCGGCGCCGCCGCCUGA